UCAGCUGUCCCAGCAUGCACCGCGGCGCCUGCAGACUAAUUAUUCACAAAGAAAAGAGACAACAACCGGGUGGGAUCAGGGAUCCUCUGCGAGAGUUCAGAUCUGUCUGGAGUUCGUAUGCUGACAGUAAGCCUCCUGCCAUGGCCCUGAGGACCUGAGAGCAGCGCCUCCCCCCCCCACCCAUUUGAAGGGACGUUAAACGGCCGGACAGAAGCUGGUGAGCAGCGGGGGCCCCUGAGGCAGCCAGAAGACGGGGAGGGGCCAGAGCUCAGCUGGAGCCAAUGCAGCAGCAUCAUCGUCAGCCUGAGCUUGUGGAAGGAAGCCUUCCCGUGUUCGUGUUUCCCAACGAGCUCGUCUUCUACGCAGACGAGCAGGCGUCCCACAAGCAGGUCCUCACCCUCUACAACCCCUAUGAGUUUGCCCUCAAGUUUAAAGUGCUGUGCACGGCGCCAAACAAAUACAGUGUGGUAGAUUCCACAGGAGCCGUCAAACCACAGUGCUGCGUUGACAUCGUGAUCCGGCACAGGGAUGUGCGAGCGUGCCACUACGGCGUCUACGACAAGUUCAGACUCCAGGUGUCGGAGCAGAGCCAGCGCAAAGCGCUGGGUCGCAAAGAGGUGACGGCCACGCUGCGUCCCUCGGCGUCGCAGGAGCCCGCCAGCCUCCGGGGCCACGACGAGGAGCGCAGAACAAAAGAGACGACAGCGGACGGCGAAUUCUACGAGCAGGCUGCUCCUCCCACAGCAGAGAGCCAGGCCGUCGCCGGAGGACCCAGUCUGCUGUCGGUGCUGCUGGGACUGGUGUGCGUCGCUGCUCUGAUGCUCCCGACGCUGGGGGAGCAAGAAUCCACAGUGCCUGUCUACCUCCACUUAAGUGUUAACAAGAAACUCGUUGCUGCUUAUGUUCUGGGUCUUCUUACGAUGGUUAUCUUACGAACAUGAAGUGCAGCGAGGAGGAGGAUGAUCCAUGUAUUUUUUUUACUCUUUACUCCGGAGCCGCUACAGAGCGGAGCGUGGAGGAUCGCCAUCGUUUUCACAACGAGUCACUACAAAUGUCCGUACGAUUUUGUGUGUUUGUUUGUUUGUUCGUUUUUUUUUUUUUAGCAGAUUUCCAGAGCAGAAGGAUCCAAGUUGACCGGAAAAAAAAAAAAAAAAAAUGUACAUAAAGCCAUGAAGAUGUCAUAGUAUUGACCUGUAACCCUCAUGAUGUGGAUGUUUGACUCUUCCACGCUGCAGACUGACAGCUGAGUGCAGUCAUUUGCACGUGUGGAAACGUUUUAAGAGAGAAAAAAACAAAGCUUUACGAGUGGAUCGCCAUUCUUACUAUAUCAAUGCUACAUCAUAUGUUUAAUAAACUUUCAGUACAGCAGUGUUGUAUACUUUUUAAGUGUUUUUUUCCCCCCUGAUGGUUAAAAAGUUAAAAUUUGGGGGGAAAAAAUGAAAUGCAGGUUAUGGUUUGGAAGAGGUCCUCUUCCUCCGUCGCCGUGGUUACCAUACUUGAGCAUCAUUGCCCUCGUUUUCCAAACAUUUUGUUGUAGCUACUGACAGAACUCACCUGAUCCAGAGCAGGAACGGAUGUAAAAUAAGGAGUACGGUGGCCCUGAAGGUUGGAUCUUUCACUCUCCUCCAGCCAUUUGGACACCACUAUCUUGAGGGGGGGACGCCAGAGGACCUCCAUCCUUCAGGUCCUGAAGUUUGGCUUCCUUCACGAACUCCUCUGACCUCCUGCAGUGACUCCUCGCCUCCAUCCCGAUCAUCUGAACUUGACUAUGGAGUGAUGUUUACGCCACCAUGUUGCACAAAAAUAUUAAAUAUUUGCUUUCAA